UAAAUAAAAGUCUCAUUUUCUUGCGUAUUCCUUACUUCCACUGCUUUAAAACGUGGAAGCUAAUUGCGGCAUGUUUUGCUAACUCUUUGUUAUAGCUAUAGAACUCUCUCUCUCUCUCUCUCUCUCUCCCUCCUUGCUUAUAAACUCAAACUUCAGGAGCUAAAAUGUGGUUCCUCUCCAUUAGUCACUUAUUUAACUUGCAAUCUUCAGGAGCUAACUUGGGGGUUUUCCUUGCACAUAGACAUAGGCAUAGCCACUAAAUUUGAAAGGUAGCUUCUACUCCUAUAUUGACAACACAAACCUCUCUCUACUAUAAGUACAGAAGCUAAGUUGUGAUAAUUCCUGCACUAUUAUUCAAUUAUUCAACAAACAGUUUCAGGAGCUAAGUCGGUGUUUCGUUUACAAAAUAGCCACUCAAAAUGAAAGGGUCCUCAAAAGAUUCUUGGCAUCCAAUCAUGACUGGUGAUACAACAACCUCAAGUUACUGGAUGAAUUGGAGGGUCUUGCUGUGUGCCAUAUGGGUUUCAAUUACGAUCACUUUCGCAUUCACUCUAAUAUGGAAAUAUGAAGGUUUCCGCAAACGCCAUAGCCCAGAAACCCAGCAAGAAAGUGAAGGAGGUUUGUAUGAUGAUGAAACUUGGAAGCCAUGUUUGAAAGGAAUCCACCCAGCUUGGUUGUUGAGUUUCAGAGUUCUUGCUUUCUUGGUGCUUUUAGCACUGCUCAUUGCCACUGCUUUAACAGAUGGAGGCAGCAUAUUUUACUAUUACACUCAGUGGACUUUCACAUCAAUCACCAUUUAUUUUGGGCUUGGAUCAUUGCUCUCCAUGCGUGGCUGUUACCAAUAUCAUAAGAAAGCUGGAGGUGACAGAGUUGAUAAUAUAGAGGUGGAUACAGAGCUAGGUUCUUGUGUAUCUACUUCAGAUAGCCAAGGUUCCAAAAUGACAAACCCAUCCAAAAUCUCAGGCCCCAAUACACAAUGUCAUGUACGUGAACCUGCAGGCUUCUGGGGUUAUGUCUUUCAAAUAAUUUUUCAGAUGAAUGCAGGUGCUGUUUUGCUCACAGAUUGUGUCUUUUGGUUUAUAAUUGUUCCAUUUCUUCUGAUCAAAGAUUACAACCUAAAUUUUCUGGUUAUAAAUAUGCACUCAAUCAAUGCUGUUUUCCUGCUUGGUGAGACGGCUUUGAAUUGCUUGAGGUUUUCUUGGUUUCGAAUUGGAUAUUUCUGCCUAUGGACAGUCGUUUAUGUCAUUUUUCAGUGGAUACUACAUGCUUGUGUCAAACUUUGGUGGCCAUAUCCCUUUCUUGACUUGUCAUCUCCGUAUGCUCCACUAUGGUACUUAUCGGUGGCACUAAUGCAUAUCCCAUGCUAUGGCAUCUUUGUUCUGAUUAUGAAGCUGAAACACUUGGUACUAUCAGCGAAGUUCCCCCAGUCCUAUCAGUGCUUGAGAUAACUUGCUCGGAAAGACAACCUGAAGCAAAACCAGAUUUAAAUUACCUAUAGAAUUUUUUAAUUUAUUCAAUGAAGGAGAACAAAAAAGAGAAAAAUACCAAAGAUAACACUUGAGAAUUUAUUCAUUCAUGUAUGAAACAAAUUCAUAACAAAAUUCUUCAAUAUAGUUAUAGUAAGUUUUGAAAGA